AUGGGCGGGGUAUGUAUCGAACGUCUGUUCUCAUUGACGGCCAGAUACAUCAGGGGAAGUACAGGAUCUACAUAAGUUAUAACAGUAAAGAAAGCAAAUUUAACAAAUUUUCCCGAAGUCAUUCUUUCAGUUCAGGAAACGCGACUAGCAACUAUUUGUUUUUAAACUUUGGCUGUUUUUGUUGCUGACAAUGUCCACGUUCAACAGAGGUCCCGCGUACGGGUUUUCAGCGGAAGUGAAAAGCAAGAUUGCACAGAAGUAUGACUCCCAAAAAGAGGAAGAAUUACGAAUUUGGAUUGAAGACAUUACAGGACGGUCAAUCGGAGAUGACUUCCAGAAGGGCUUAAAAAAUGGUGUCAUACUCUGCGAGCUCAUCAACAAACUUCAGCCAGGGUCUGUGAAAAAGAUCAACCAAUCAUCCCAAAAUUGGCAUCAGCUGGAGAACCUGACAAACUUCAUCAAAGCAAUCACCACAUAUGGUCUCAAACCCCAUGAUAUUUUUGAGGCCAAUGAUAUUUUUGAGAAUGGAAAUAUGACGCAGGUUCAGACCACCCUCCUGGCUCUUGCUGGCAUGGCUAAAACCAAGGGUAGUCACUCAAGUGUUGACAUUGGAGUGAAGUAUGCAGAGAAGCAGGAGAGGGCAUUUGAUGAGGAGAAAAUGAAAGCUGGGCAAUGUGUUAUUGGACUACAGAUGGGAACAAAUAAAUGUGCAAGUCAAGCUGGAAUGAAUGCCUAUGGUACCAGAAGGCACCUCUAUGAUCCCAAGGCACACAUUCUCCCACCAAUGGACCAUUCAACCAUCAGCCUUCAAAUGGGAACAAACAAGGGUGCGAGCCAAGCCGGCAUGACAGCGCCAGGUACCCGUCGUGCCAUCUACGACCAGAAAAGUGGCACUGACAAGUGUGACAACUCCACCAUGUCUCUGCAAAUGGGCUACACUCAAGGGGCCAAUCAGAGCGGGCAAAACUUCGGGCUAGGCCGCCAAAUCUACGAUGCCAAAUACUGCCCCAAAGGUGUGCCAAGUGCAACUGGAGAAGGGGUUGAUGCUGGUGGCUACAUGGAUUACCAAGAUGAGGGGUACCAGGGUUACCAGGAUGAUGGUCAAGAUUAUUGAAUUGACCAAUCACAGGCUCUAAGGCCGAAUAUGAAGCUAAAUGGAAGUUAGCACUUCCUUGCAAACAAGACCCAAAACAUGCCAUUACACCACAAUAAAUGUGGUGUCUGUGGUAUAUAGUUGCUCUAUGAAAGUGACCAAUAUAGAACAUAUCAUUUUUGUUUUAAGUAUAAUGAUGUUCUUUUUAUAAAACAGUAUGCUUUGUCCAUUUUAAGGUAGAGGCCUACAAAACAUAUCACUUAAGUGUUGCAUUCAUUGAUAUUUUUUGUAUUUUAUAUGGUUCGAAUGACAGUCAUUUAAUUGCACAAUCGCUAUAAUAAUAUUUAGUAUUUGCUUAAUUGUCAGUUUAGUUUUUAUUUACUUCAAAACGAUGAUCCCUGCUUGGAUGUUAAACACAAGUAUGAAAGGGGGUUACUGUACAGUUAUAUUCACUUAAUCUCAAAAUGCUGAAUUUUUAAUUGUAUUUUUUUUUUUAUAAUCUAGCUGUUCUGAAGAAAUUUGAUAUUAAGGAUUGACUACAAAGAGCGUCAUAGGAGCUUGAUUCAUUAAUUGAAUAUAGAACAUGCUCAGGGGUUCAAAAUCAUUUUGCAAAAAUUUUUUUUUUUUUGCUCAGUUGAGCAUGUGAAGGUGAAUUUUUGCAGUUACAGUUAAAGGCUGAGUUUUAUAAUAGUGCCGAGUUCUGGUGAACUUUUUCUGGAGUUAUGUGAUCCAUUGUCUUAUUUUAAUAGCCUAUUGCCCCAGCGGUAUUUAAUCUUGUGUUUUUAAGUUGAAAAGUAAGAACACAUUCCUGAGAUGUACUAAAAAGGAAUGUUUUACCUGUCAUUUCAGCAACAUUUCUGAGUCAUUUCUGCUUUUGAGGUCCCAAAUAUUAUGCUUCCUCCAGUAGUGGUUCUAGCUUGUAUGGCGCCUUGGGCAAAACCCGCUUCAACACGCCCCCAAAGUUGUUGACCGGGGGUCUGUGUGGGUGCCUCGUGCUGCCGCCCCGCAAGAUACCACCCUGGGCAACUGCCCAUGUCACCCAUGCCUAAAUCCGCCACUGACUUCCUCAGUUGAUGUGAGGAAAUGUGAAUGUGGUUUAUGUUUUAUAAUACAGUUAUUGUCCUAGACGUUGAAGUCUCACAUGCAAUAUGACAUUUGUACAAUGUAUUUUCAAGAGGUCAUUUUACCCUCACUGUUAUUUGUCUCUAUUAGAUAUUGUAUAACUUUAUGUAAUAUUUCUCUCUUUAUAGAGCCAGAUCAACUGGAGUUUUCUUUUUUUAUUAUUAUCAUUAUAGUAUUGUGAAAGGAAAUUGAAGAACAACAUUAUGAGCCUUGAACAUUCCAAAUUAUGAACUGGAUUCACUACUUUUCUCCCUCCACAGUAUUUGAAUAUUUUUAUAAAUGCCAGAAGUGACACUUAUUAUCAUUCCAUAUAAACCAGUCAAAAACCUUUUCCUUUUGUACUAGACACGGACAUUUUAAAGUCUACCCAGAUCACAUAAAUAAAUGAAAAUAUCUGUUGUUGUUUUCAUGGAAUACGAUGGAUGUAGUAAAGAAUAUGCUUAUAAUAAAAGAUGUGUUAUAAAAAGA